AACCGUCAAAUUACUUGGUGGUCAAAUUUGCUUGCGAACUUCGAAUAUCUGAUAUUUUUCGGGCUGCCCAAACUUCUACCAAAACGCUCCACGAGGAAACGGAGCUCAACAAGCAGAUCGGCGGGCGAACUCUGUUUCCGCACCGGCGAUUUGCUUCCUUGAGGCUCUACAAUCCGACUAUCCCUACGAUAAAUAUAUAAGGAUACUUGCUAGAGAUUGGAGGAGAAGGGUAAAAGAAAUAAUAGGGUGAAAAGAGAUCCUUUACAAUGUCUUCACAGAAGAUUGAAACUGGCCACCAAGAUAUGGUCCAUGAUGUACAAAUGGAUUACUAUGGCAAACGCAUAGCAACGGCCUCCUCUGAUAAUUCCAUUAACAUUAUUAGUGUUAGCAAAAACACUGGUUCGCAAAUCUUAGCUACAUUGAAUGGUCAUAAAGGCCCAGUUUGGCAAGUUUCUUGGGCACACCCGAAGUUUGGUUCAAUGCUAGCUUCCAGCUCUUACGAUGGUCAAGUGAUAAUAUGGAAGGAAGGCAAUCAAAAUCAAUGGACGCAGGCUCAUGUUUUCAAUGCACAUAAGUCUUCGGUGAACUCCAUUGCCUGGGCACCCCAUGAACUUGGCCUCUGCUUGGCCUGUGGAUCAUCUGAUGGAAGCAUAUCAGUCUUUAUUGCCAGAUCUGAUGGUGGCUGGGACAAUAAUCAAAUUGAACAAGCCCACUCUGUGGGAGUAACCUCAGUUUCAUGGGGCCCUACGACGGCUCCUGGUUCCUUGGUUGGAUCCAGUUUGGUGGACCCUCUUUGGAAGCUAGCUUCUGGGGGAUUUGAUAGUACAGUGAAGGUAUGGACGCUACAAGAUGGAAUCUGGAGGAGGGAUAGCUCCCUUGCCCUGCAUACUGACUGGGUGAGGGAUGUGGCUUGGUCACCAAACCUAGGGCUUCAAAAAUCCACCAUUGCUAGUGGUUCCCAGGACGGGACAGUGAUUAUUUGGUCUGUUGGAAAGGAAGGAGGGAAAUGGGAGGGCACAGUGUUAAAUGAUUUCAAGACUCCAAUUUGGAAGGUUUCAUGGUCACUGACUGGAGACUUAUUGGCUGUUGCUGAUGGGAAUAACAAUGUUACAUUGUGGAAAGAAGCAGUCGAUGGUAAAUGGCAGCAAGUAACUACAGUUGAGCCGUAGGUUAUCCAUUGUUAGUCCUUUUCAUUUCAUUAUGUUUUGUGUCUUAUGAGGAGUAUGUUGUUCAAUAUUGUUAAAAAAUUUCCUUGUACUUAGGUCACAAGCUUUUGUACUAUCAUUCCAUGUUUUCAUAACUUCUUAAUCAGAUUUUAGGGGUGAGGCAUAAGUAAUAUUUUCUGUUGUUAUUUAAAUUCUCUAGUUCUGGCUCCCUUUUCAUUGAUUGACCA